AUGUCUGACAGCACCUCAGAUAUGAUGAGCAUGAUAGCCGUGUUCCAGAAUACCAUUGACACGCCGCUCUACUCCAUGGCCUGGACGCCUGACGGUGUCGGCACGUAUGCGGCAACGUGCAUUUUCCUCAUUUUGCUGGGCGGCGUCUUCAGGGGCCUUCUGGCUGCCAAGUCGAUCCAAGAGGCACGGUGGCUCGACAAGGAGUUCAGUCGCCGAUACGUUAAUGUGAGGGGAAAGUUGCCGCUGGAGGAGACGGUGUCGCGCGAUAGCAUGGCAAAGGGAAUGACGCUGUCGGCUAAUGGUCUUGAGGAGAACGUCGUGGUAGUGGAGAGGAAGCACACACACGUUCGAGCUUGGAGGCUGUCCGUCGACCCCAUUCGCGCACUUACCGACACUAUCAUUGCUGCCGUUGGCUAUCUUCUUAUGCUGGCUGUAAUGACUAUGAACGUCGGCUACUUCUUCUCCGUUCUUACGGGCGUCUUCCUCGGCAGUCUCGCCGUCGGCCGGUACAUUCACGGAGCUGAGCACUAA